AUGCUGGAAAACCUCUGCACCCUGCCGCUCUCGGCGGACCUGUUCACGCAGGUGGUGCACCCCUCCAAGCCUCUGCUUACAGUCGGCCUCUCCAACGGCCGCGUCGAGACCUUCCGCAUCCCAACCAACGAGGACAGCGACGACGAGGACGAGAACAGCAGCAUCACCGGCGGCAAGGGUGUCAUCAAGAGUGUCUGGAGCACCCACCGCCACAAGGGCAGCUGCCGCACUCUGACCUAUAGCACCGAUGGGGAGUCCCUCUACUCGGCCGGUACCGACUCCAUCGUCAAGCACUUCUCUCCCGAGACCGGCGUCGUCGUCUCCAAGAUCGGCCUCCCCCCCGUCAACAGUACCAGCAGCCAGAGCGACACCCCAGCCAUCCUCCACACCCUCUCGCCCCAGACCCUGCUGCUCGGCACCGACUCUGGCUCUCUCUACAUCUUCGACCUCCGCGAGAAUGGCUCCCUAAACCCCAAGCCCGUCCGCAAGCAUGUCCCCCACUCCGACUACAUCUCCAGUCUGACCCCUCUCCCCCCUUCGUCUGAGAGCACCUCCGGUUUCCCCAAGCAGUGGGUUUCUACCGGCGGCGCCACCCUGGCCGUCACCGACCUGAGACACGGCAUCAUGGCCACCUCGGAGGACCAGGAGGACGAGCUGCUGUGCUCCACAGUCAUCCCCACCGGCUUGGGUCCCAAGCACAUGCGCAACAACGCCGUUCUGGCCGUCGGCACUGGCGGAGGUGUCUUGACCCUAUGGGAUCGUGGCGCCUGGGAUGACCAGCAGGAGCGCAUCUAUGUUGCUCCCGGAGAGACUAAGAGAGACGGAGAAAGCCUCGACGCCAUUGUUCGUGUUCCCGAUGAGCUCGGCUGGGGCAAGAAGGCCGUGGUUGGCGUCGGUGACGGCACCAUCAAGAUUGUCGAUCUGAAGCGCAGAGAGGUCCAGGCUACGUUCCAGCAUGACGAGGUUGAGGGCGUUGCUGCUCUUAACUUCGACUACGAGAACAGGCUGAUCAGUGGUGGCGGCAGGACCGUCAAGGUCUGGGCCGAGGCUGGUUCCGCCCAAGAAGAGGAGGCAGAGGAGGAGGACGUGGAAGCCGACCAAGGCAUCAAGCGACCCGCCGAUAGCGACGACUCGGACGACCAUGACGGGAGCGAUAGCGACAGCGACCGCCCCAAGAGGGAAAGAAAAAAGAAGCGGAGAAAGGGCAACAAGAAGGGCAAACAGGGUGGUCCUUCCGCCUCGUUCCCAGGUUUGGAUUAA